GACCCUUAUAUUAGCUCUCAUUAAUUUUUCCUAUUGGGUUUUUUUAGGGUUAAAUUUGGUGAUAAAUUUUUUUUUGGAGUGAAAUUUAGGUGAUGGGUAAUUUUUAAAUUUGGCAGUAAGUGGAAAUUUGAUGAUAAUAUCAAUUUUUUUUUUUGUUUUUGGCCAGAAUUUGGUAAGUUGAAGACAGAGAAAUUGCUCAUGAAUGUUGAUUUUUUUUUUUUUCAAUUUAAUUGUCUGAUUCCGAAGUGGGAAAUUAUUGGUAGGAAUUAUUCAAAUUUCGGUUUUGAGUGGCAUUUGGGGCAGAAUUUAAAUGUGGAUGACGUGGAUUGGUUGCCUAUGACGCUUACAUUGUGUAUCGAGGAUGGCCUGUGAAUUAGUUAUUAUCGUACUUGUCUUAGAAGGGCAAUUGGGAAGGAAUUAUAUAGUGAUUAACUUUUGAACUUUGGAGCUUGGAGCAGCGUUUUUAUAUGAGAAGAAACAUGAACAGAGAGAGAAAAUGAGAUUUGAUUGCCAACUUGGUCUGUUUUGAUAAAUUAGAAGAUUAUUCAGGAUUACCUGAGCGAUGAAAAUACUUGAAAAUUUUAGCUAUCUUCUAUUUUUUUCUUCUGUUUAUGAUGCCUAAUUCUCUUGUAGCUUAGUGGACUUUAAUAUGUUGUGAUGCGGGGAAUGUGUUUUAGCCUUCCUACGCCUGAUGAUCCCUUCAAUGAUAGACUUGACAAAAAGGAUGCCAGUAGAAGGGAAACCCACAAAAUUAUGCCUUCAAAACUGCACUGGAAAAUCUUAACCAAGAGGAAGGACGCUGUUCCAACAAAAGGAUCAGUUCUUAGGCAUAAUGUGAAAGUAGAUAGUUUGGAAAAGAUAAAUUAAAAGGUGAUGGCUUCAAAGGAUGAGCAGAACAAACAAGUUACAUUGAUUAAUAAUUUGGGGAAAACUAGACAUAUAAAAUCAUGAAGAAUGGAGAUUCAGCCAGAUGGAAAGAAGGUCAAUGUCCUUGGUCAUCAGGAACAAGCCUGUGAAAGUUCUGAUUGUCUGUCAAAGUAUCUUAUACUUUGCCUGAAAGCAAUAAAGGAUGCAUUGCAUCAUGAUGGUACCUAUAAUAGUGAAGAGGACAAGCCUCUGUUUGUAAACACAUGGGGUCUUGAGUUUUGGAAAUGUUAUUCAGCCAGAAAGGAUAUACUUGAGACAAGUGGAUCAUCUUCCGAUGUAGAGCAAAUUGCAUGGAUUGCUUCAACUGCUGCUGAUGUUAUUUCAAGGAGAGAGAUAGAAGGUAUUUUAGUUGCUGGCCCUUUCCUUCUAUUCCUUGUACCAUCCAAAGAAAAAGCUCUCAAGGUACAUUCACUCUGCAAGCCAUUGAAAGGUCAAGGCAUAUAUGCAGUAAGUUUGCACCCGGGUGCUUCCAUAGACCAUCAGAUCAGUGGUCUGCAGAGUUGUGAACCUGAAUUUCUUGUGUCAACACCUGAGAGACUUUUGCAGCUAGUUUCUCUGAAGGCCAUAGAUGUAUCUGGGGUCUUGAUGCUGGUAAACUGUCUAUAUAAUUUGAAAUUUCUCUUGUUGCAUAUAAUGUGCUACUUUAUUUUGAUGGUCAAAUUGUUAUGUUAUUUAUUUAAACAAGUUUCUUAAACGGACUGGCCAAUAUUUAUAGUCAUUGACGUUUAUAUAACUAGGUUUUGUCUAUUAACCUCUUUUUGAAAUUUCUCCUGUCAAUUUUUUUCUUUAGUGACAUUUCUUCUACUCUACUAGAUAUUUAGAUGUUUAAAUGAUGUCAUAGAUGGUUGUGCGUGCGGAAUAGUGUAAUUCAAGUUUGUUUCAAUGUUGUACACAUUGCAUAUAGGAAGUUUAAUGUUACAUCUCAUUUGAAUAUCUUUUCCAGUUUGGAAUGUCAUAAAGUGUCACACAUGGAUACAAGUUUUGGAUUCACUAUCUGCCAGUCCCCUAACACUUUCUGCCACAUUUCUCCCUCUACAUGAGAUCUAUGUAUUUGUUCAUAUUUAUGUUAUGGAAAAAAAUUGUUUCUAUCAACCUAUCUUAAUGGCCUUAAACAUACAUUUCAUUAAAAUCAUUAAAUUUUUUACUGUCUAAUAAUUAAAUUCUUGAAUAUGUUAUUGAUGAUAUGGAGUCUUUUUCUGGAGGUUUUUUUCUUGAUACCAUAAAGUCCAUCAGGCAGGCUAUUUCUGUAAAACCCCAUACUGUGGUAUUCAGCAAUUCCUUCAGUAAUGCUUUUAUUCCUGCUGUGCAAAAUCUACUGACAGGAUUAGUCUACAGAUUAUCUCUCAAUGAUUCUGUUUCCAGUCAAAGUGCUUGCAUCAUCCAGUCUAUACAUGUGUGCUCCUCAAAGGAAGAAAAGUUAAUGAAGGUAGGUUUUUAAUAUGUUUGCAUUCUGCUUGACAUAGUAUAUUGUGUGGCUGAAAUCCUUUUAUCAUUCAGUUUGGUUUAUUUUAUAAAAUGACAAGCCAAAACUUUUUUGGUCUCAAAAUUUUCUUAAAGCCAAAGCAAACUUAAUCAGGCAAAUCUGCAAGCCUUAAUAGAGACCGCAAGUGAAUUAUAUUGGUUUGAUUUUGAAUGCAACCAUUCUCUCUCUCUGUUUAUCGAAGUAAGAGAAGGAAACAAAAAAUUUGAAUUAGAGGAUAAAAUCUAUAUGUUGAAAAUCCCCUUGUUCUGCCUAUUCAGUAGAAAGUUUUUGUUAAAGUGAAGGAACCUCAACUUUCAUGCUUUGCCUUCCUGCUUCAGUGAUACUCUCCAAUCCUCUCCUAUUGAUGAGGUUCUAAAGGUUUUGAACUUGAUGUUCAAAUUAGUUGAUGACCUUGUGCCCUUACUUCAUUAUUCUCUCUACAAGUUGGCCAGAUUAUGCUUUGAAUGUGAGGAUUGGGCUGAGAGUCUAACAUGGUACUGCUAAUCAGGAAGGGGAAGGUAACCUGGUACUCAUUUGGAAGGGUUGUCAAUACGAAGGGAGCUAAACUGAUUGCCUCUCUAAAUGGGCCUUUUGUGUUUGUAGUUUACCUCCAAGCUGGGAAAACAAGAAAAAGAGAAGGGUGCCUUUACUGCUUUGUGUUCUUCUCACUCAUUGGCUAUCAGUCAGUGUAGCAGUGGACCAUUCAACAUUUUACUGCGAUUAGCUUUCCUUUUCUUUGAAGGAAGAUUUUAGAGACCAUUUGAUUUCCUUCUCAACGUUGGGAAUCAUUCUGGAGUGGCUGAUCCCAUUGGGCAUUCAUGCUUUGGAUAACGCUUAUUGCAAUCAAAUAAUACCACAACCUUUGAAGGUGCUGUACAUAGUUGGAAAAGACAAUAAUAUUCAAAAAUUAGUGUCAGCUAUCAAAUUUAAGGGCUAUUCCAUCUCAAUCAGCUCUUACUUGAGUAUUAUGGAGUUUGAAAACAGUCCGGAUUGCGGCAACAGAACGAGACCUGCAGUCUCCAUUAGUGACACUGACCACAUCAGGUCUACAGAUUUGGGAGAGUAUGCUGUUGUAAUAAUUCCAGAUUUUGUUCUCUCAAUUGAUAAUUUUGUUCAAAUUCUGACGAGGAUGGCACGACACAGUCGAUGGCGUAUUGCAUAGCUUUUUAACUAUAGAUAAUGCGCAGCAUGCUGGUCCGUUGAUUGAAAUCCUUGAACAAUGCGGGCAGACAGUGCCUGAAGCCCUAAGAAACUUGUGUCAUGUGCAUCAUCCAUUUUAGAAUCCUUGAAAACAAAUAACUUGUCCCAUUAAGAGAGGAUAUUGUCUUAAAUACUUAAAAUUUUGUGUCUUAUCAUCCAAAUUGUUUAACUCGCCGCCCUGCAGAUUCAUUUGAUGG